UUAUCAAUGGUAGGCAUUGCAUAAUUCACCCUUAUCCACCGGAGCCAUUUGGUUCCUCUCCUCUUUGAGAAGAGGGGGACGCAAGAAAAAAACGACUACAUCCAGUAGCUGCCUUCUCGGUGGUGCCUGCAAUUGUUUGGCAAUGCCCUUUUCUCUCUUAGGAAGAACUUGCAGACAGUAGCGGGGAAACAAGUAGGGGAAGGAUGCAUUUAAAGCUGGAUGUGUGCUGCAUUCAGGGAGAUUCGGCAAUAAUAGCAGCUCUAGCAGAAACAGCGAGUGCGGAGGGCCUGGGAAGCCCCCAGCCCCACUAUCUCCUCCUUUUCCUCCCCCCCUGCAGGACCAUGCUUGCGUGAGGGAUGAGGCUGUGCACAGGGACACCAGGCCAGAGCUGCGGCCUACUUCUCACAAGAGCCGGUCUCUCGACUGCAAGAUCUGUGAACACAUUUCCACCAUCAAAUCAGCAUCUUUGGUCAUCAGGUAGAUCCAGGAGCAUGAGCAGGACUUCGAGCUGCGGGAGCAGAUGUCUGGGUAUAAGCGCAUGCGGCGGCAGCACCAGAAACAGCUGAUCGCCCUGGAGAACAGGCUAAAGGCCGAGAUGGAUGAGCAUAGGCUCCGGUUGCAGAAGGAAUUAGAGACACAUGCGAACAACACUUACAUUGAGCUGGAAAGACUGGCCAAACGCCACGCUGCACAGACAGACAAAGAGAUGAAGUCAGUUGCAGCUGAAGAGAGGAGGAUCCAGCAACAGAUUGUUGCUCAGCAAAAGAAAGAGCUAACUAAUUUCUUAGAGAAUCAGAAAAAGGAGUACAGGCUUUGCAAAGACAAGAUCAAAGAAGAGAUGGAUGAAGACCCUUGUACACCCAAGGAGGAGAAGCAGGAGCGUCUGUCCAGGCACAAAGAAACAAUACAGCGCUCUCAGGCUGAGGAGGAAGCUCAUCUGCUAGCCCAGCAGAGGCUAGUCUACGAUAGGAGCUGCAGGGCCCUCAAACGCCGGAGUCUGGUCAGGAAGCAUGAGUUUGAACAGGAGCAACUGAGAGAGGAGCUGAACAAGAAGAGGACCCAGAAGGAGAUGGAACAUGCUCUGAUGAUCCGGCAGGACGAGUCCACCCAGGACAUGGAGCGCAGACAGCUGCAGAUGUUGCAGAAGCUGCGUAUUGAACUCAUGCGGAUGCAGCACCAGACAGAGCUCGAAAACCAGGAGGAGUACAACGGCCGGCGGCAGAGAGAACUACACAGGAAACACACUCUGGAGCAGCGGCAACAGCCCAGAAACCUCAAGGCGCUUGAGAUGCAGAUCAAGAAACAAUUCCAGGAUACUUGCAAAGUUCAGAACAAGCAGUACAAAGCUCUUAGGAACCAUCAGCUGGAGGUCUCUCCUAAAGGCGACCAUAAGAACAUCCUUAAGAACCUAAAAGAGGAGCAGACACGCAAGCUGGCCAUACUGGCUGAGCAGUAUGAGCAGAGCAUUAACGAGAUGAUGGCUUCACAAGCGAUGCGACUAGACGCAGAGCAGGAAAUAGAGUGCCAAGCUCUGAAGCAGCAGCUGAAGCAAGAGAUGGAGCUCCUGGAUGCCUACCAGAGAAAAACCAAGUCACAGAUGGAGACCCAACACGAGCGAGAGCAGCAGAAACUUGAGCAGAAGGUCUCCAUACGCAGGGCACACCUUGAACAGAAGAUUGAAGAGGAACUGGCAGCACUUCAGAAGGAGCGCACCGAAAGGAUCAAACAUUUGUUGGAACGUCAGGACAGAGAAAUUAAUGCUUUUGACACAGAAAGUAGAAGCCUUGGCUUCAGAAGCCUGGAAUCUCUGGACUUCCCCAAAGAAGACAACAGAUGAAAGUGGAUUUAUCUUUAGAGGACAACAAAUCCUUGCCCUUUUUUGCGUCCACUUAACCGUUUGUCACGUCCAUGGUGACAAAGCUGGAUAACUUUCUCUAUUGCUUUUCUUCUCUCUUAGAUAUUGCAUCUUUGAUUCGAGGUGUUACGUGCAAUGAGAACUUCGUUUGUGAAACUUGAAGGGUGAAAGGAAAACAAAAAAAAUCUACAACAACAUGUCAAUAAAAAUCAAACCUAGUUAGUGUAACUCAAAACUUAUGUGUUAAAAAUAACAGACUCUUUCCUCCAUGCCAUUCACUCCUUUUGGUAUGAAUUGAAUAAAUCAGGAACUUUUAGUAAAAUUGGCACUUUGAUAUGUUAUGUAGAAACCCAUUAUGUUCGUAUGAUGCUUAAUGUGUGUGUUACAUGGAGGACAUUGUGGAAUGUGAGCUGCGGACUCCACCGUGGUGUUAAGCUGCUUUGUCUUUUCUAUUGGUUUUAUUUUGUUUUAUGUUAUGCUCUGAAUGUGAAUAUUACUGUAUGGGGUCACUGGAUAAAGUCAGAGUUUAUUAAUUUAUUAUUUUGGUCAUACUUCCAUAUUGUGCUUAUGCAUACAGUAUACUGUGGUCUCUCACAUUUCUAGGCAACAGUUCUUACCUUUUCUUUUAUUUGAUAUAUAGGAUCAAUUGGAAUUUGCUUGAUCAACCCGUUUAUCUUAUCACAAUUCAAGAUCCCACUUGGUAAAACUGCUUAUUAUUGCAUGCACUUUAAGGACAAAUUCAGGUUGUGAAGUGAAGCAUGAAUCUGUCAGAGAUUUUAGCUGUUUGUAAAUAAAAGCAUUUUUUGUUUUUUUGUUUUAAGCCUAUGGAUACUGGACAUAAGCGCCAUAUUUGAUAUGAUAAUUUCACAAAUGCCUUUAUUUAAGUUGUGCCUGAAGCAGAUUUAAGUUCAGCGUUUGUUAUAUCUAUAUUUUAUUUACUGAGGCCGGCACCAUUUUGUUUUGGUUUCAUCUAAACUUGUGAAUCAUUUAUUAUUCACUAAUCAAAGUUCUUGUAAAGGAAAAUGGUGAGACUUGUGCUGUAUAACUUUUGAUAUGAAUAUUUGUACAUGAAAAUAUAGCUAGAACAUACAGAGACACUGGUCUAUUACAGAUAACAGAGCUUAACGAUAAAGAUUUUGCUUCAUUUUUGUUUUAUAAUAUAGAGAUAUGGUCAUACAGUAGCUCAAUAUAUUGCUAAGUCAAAUCACUAGACUCAGAUUGUAUAAAUGCUGGUGGAUGGAACCACAGACUUCUUAUAAUAUCAGUAUGGUGAUCUUUUACGGAUUGACGGUUCAACAAAAGCAAACACAACAUGUGGGUCCAGAUUGCAUUUGAGUAAUUAGUGUCUAAUGAUGAGAUUUACAUAUUUUUUGCCAUGUUCAUUAUGGUCGUUGAACAGGUUGCACAAUGUUUCCAUUUAUACUGAAUGGAAAGAUAAUUGUUUGGUGCUUAAUUUCUAAUACCACUUUUAGCCUUGUAGUUUUUUGUCUUGGAGAGACUAUUGAUUUUUACAAAAUGUAAACAUGAAGCAUUUUGAAACCCCCUCUGAGUCAAAACACUACUAAGUUUUUCAAACACUCAUGACCUAUUUAGAGUACCCCAUGCAGUGAAACCCUCUACAAAUGAAGUAUAUGUAUGAAAAAAUAAAUACUAUUU